AAGGUGAAGGUAAAUAGUGGGUAACUAUGUGGCAGAGUCAUUGUUGGGAUGUUGGACAAUGACACUUCCUGCUCCGUUACAGUACGGUACAGUACAGAUGCGCACUGCAUUGUGGGGACACAAAUACGAGCGCCAAAAGGCUAGCCAGUAUAACAAAGGAGAGAAAAUAACAAACGGAAUCAUUAAAUGACAAGUUGCUAUGAUGUGAGUUCCAAUGAGCGUUGUCGGGGGCUGUAAAUUCUCCGGGAUAACGCUGGGGAUGUAAGACACGUCGCGAGUUGCUUUGUGUCAGCUCGACUGUUUGCCUACUCAGGCCCAGCAGCUCGCAGAGGCCUCGGACUAAAGCUGUCUGACCACUUGCUAGUAGGAUGUGAUGAUAGUUACAGUGAAAGGACCAGGUUGUAAACUGGACGCCGCCAUCACAAGUAAUUGAAAGGACACGUUUUCUCUACAUGUUCAGAAGCUGACUAACAUGGGAGUGAAAACCUUUACCCAUUGCUCGACCUCCCACAGCCAGGAGAUGCUCGAAAAGCUCAACACUUUGCGUAAUCAAGGUGACUUGUGUGAUGUUACCAUCAGGGUGCAAGACAAACAUUUCCUGGCACAUAAAGUGGUCCUGGCGUGCUGCAGUGAAUUCUUCCGUUCCAAACUGGUGGGUCGGCCCGAGGAGGAGGACAAGUUUGUCUUGGACCUUCACCACGUGACCGUUAGUGGCUUUGCUCCUCUGCUGGAAUACGCCUACACAUCCACACUCUCCAUCAGCACAGAAAAUAUUAUCGACGUCCUCGCAGCUGCGAGUUACAUGCAGAUGUUUGCCGUAGCAAGCACUUGUUCAGAGUUCAUGAAGUCCAGUAUUCUAUGGAGUCCAAGUAACCACAACAGCAACACGCUUACAGCAGGCAAACCCCUUGAAUCAGCACCUGAGAGUGCCUCUUCAAACUGUGCCCUCACGCCACUUGACGGCAGCGUGUCACCCGUGUCAUCUGACUGUAGUGUGAUGGAGAGAAACGUUCCCGUUUGCCGUGAAUCACGACGGAAACGAAAGAGUUUUGUAAGCAUGGCUUCGCCCGAGAGUCCCCUCAAAUGCACGACACAGAUGGUCACAACCUCCCCCCAAGUGCCCAAUCCAUCCCCUUCGUUUUCAGACAGCACGGCCCAGCCUGUGGAGUCCUCGCUGGCCUUCCCGUGGACCUUCCCAUUCGGCAUUGAUAGGAGAUUCCACUCAGAUAAAUCAAAGCUCCCAGAGAGCCCCCGGUGCCAAGAGCAGGCAGCAACAGUUACUUCUGAGGUAGUGGUUGGUCGGCGACUCAGUGACUUUUUGUCAUGUGAAAGCUCCAAGGAAGUGUCACCACCCGUGCCAACUGAGGAAGAAGAUGUGAGGGUGAAAGUGGAAAGGCUCAGCGACGAGGAGGUCCAGGAGGCGUCUUCCCACCCUGUCAGCGCCUCCCAGAGCUCACUGAAUGAUCAACAGACGGUUCCAGGAAGUGAGCAGAGUCAGGAGGAUCUCCUCAUCAGUCCACAGUCAUCAUCCAUAGGAUCAAUGGAUGAGGGAGUGUCAGAGGGCUUGCCGUCAAUUCAGAGCACCGCUAAUGCUGGAGGACAUGCGGAGGAUGAUGAAAGAUUAGAAGGUAUUCAAUAUCCAUACCACCUCUAUAUUGGCCCAUCAGCCCGGCCCGGCACCAAUGGCCCUGACAGGCCCUUUCAGUGUCCAACCUGUGGAGUUCGAUUCACACGCAUUCAAAACCUGAAGCAGCACAUGCUCAUACACUCCGGCAUUAAGCCUUUCCAGUGUGACCGCUGUGGGAAAAAGUUCACACGGGCCUACUCUCUAAAGAUGCAUCGGCUGAAGCACGAAGGUAAACGCUGUUUCCGGUGCCAGAUUUGUAGUGCCACAUUCACGUCCUUCGGUGAAUAUAAGCACCACAUGAGGGUCUCCCGACACAUAAUCCGCAAGCCGCGGAUUUAUGAGUGCAAAACGUGUGGCGCCAUGUUCACCAACUCUGGCAAUUUAAUUGUACACCUGAGGAGUCUGAACCAUGAGGCAUCUGAACUAGCAAACUACUUCCAGAGCAGUAGUGAUUUCCUCGUGCCCGACUACCUGAGCCAUGUGCAGGAGGAGGAGGAGGAGGUGCUCGGAGUCCAAUAUGAAUUGGAAGAAUCUCACCAUCACCGUGUCUAUGCGAGCAACACCUCCACAUCCACAACCAUUCCCACCUCGUCCUCCUCCUCAGUUCAGAUGGCUGUCAUCUCCCAGGUCUCCGCCUCGACCCAGAAUUGUGAGAGCUCACCUGGCUUCCUUUCACCCGAUUCCAUGGAUCCCCUGGAAGCUCGCGUCUCGUUCAAGAAGCAUGCAGGCGGCACCGCUGCCCUGGCAGAGGAGACCAAGAAGGACAACAGAGAAGGAGGCAGUUCACCCGUCGCGUUUGACCAAGUGCAUCAUCGGAGGCCCAAUAUCCUGGCCUAGGAGUUGGCUUCUAUCACCAUUGAGUGAUGGAAAUCUUCUUCUUGCCCAUGUUGUGCAACUUUGCAGUGAUAACAUCUGGGAAAAUCUGAGGAAUAUUGAUGCCCAAACAGCUCAAGUGGACUUCACAUUUCCAUUGACAGAAUCACAAAUUUUAUCAAGACUUUGGUUAUCCCGGUGAUGGCUUUCCACCAUAAAAUGAGUCAUGUGCGUGUGUGUUUUUCACAAGGGUUAUUCAUCCUGUUUGACGUGAAUGCACUGCCACUGGAGGUAUGUGAAAUUCUAGCCUUGUCCUUUUGAAAAGUGCCUGAGAAUAGAUGAAGAGCACUUGUUUGCCAACAAUAGCAACUUAAGGCUUUACAAGCUGAGCUUUUUUUUCUCUCUUACGAUGAUGUUAAUGUGUAUGGGCACACACCUGUCUCUUUUGGUCUUGUCACAACAUGUCAGUAUCGUCUCUUGCAAUAUCUCUUAGUGUAGAUUCCCUUCUGCAGUACAUGUCAACUGUUGUAGAACAAAAAUGAUGUGUGUAUGAAAUACAUUUCAUGAAUAUGUUUAAAACUGCAAGUAGAGUUCCUCAUUAAUUUUUUUGUCUUUUUUUUUAGGCCAGGACUGGGGUUCACUCACAAAUCAAUCAAUAUUUUUAGCACUGGCAACAUUUUCACUCAAUUACACAGUUGUGGUCUGAAGUUGUGGAUUGCCUCACAGAGUCAUCUGACAAUGUUUGGAAAAUGGCACGAAAAACUAAACUUUGAAGGUGAUGGAAUGAUUUUCAUGGUCUGUCACAUCUAUUAUGCUUCGGUCAGUUCAAUAGGUUGGCAAUCAGAAGACGACAAUUAACGUUGCUGCUUUUCUGUUAUGUACUGGAAAACAAUUUGCAUUCCCUGUUUUGAAUCAUAUGUCUAUUCUAGAGCUGUCAAACGAUUAAAAUAUUUAAUCUAAUUAAAAAUGCAACUGUCAUAAUUAACUCAAAUGAACUAAAAAAUUAAUCGUGAUUACUCACACAUUUUUUAUCAUUUCUGAAUUUCCUUUUACAUUUUUUUGUCCUAUUUUUCCCCAUUUUAAUGCUCUCAUCGACAUGGAAUCAUGAAUCAGUUUUCCAUGUGCAAAUGCAUUUUCAAUUUUAGAUGAACAUUUUUCAUUUGGAGCAGUUAUUCACACAUAAUUUCUGACACCAUAUUACUGUCCAUCAACAACAGUGAAAAAAAAAGUGUCACACAACAGCUGCUUUAACAGCUUUUUUUAUGAAAUCAAAACAGAGUAAUAUAACAUUAUAAAGUGCACAUCUAAGGUAAACUAGUACUCAGCCUAUAGUGGAUUUAAACCAUGGUUGCAUACUUCGUUUUUCACCAGUUUGCUUUGAACACAGCAGUCUGUUUCUGUAUGUUUGUAGGAGAAUAACGAGACCCCGGACACCAGUGUUCGUUAUGUGCCGCUGUAUUCAAAACUGCCGGCCAUACAAACAAGCGCAAGCACUUCCCCCGUGCUGCUGGGGCAAACCAUUCUGAAAGAGGGGGGUUUCACUCCCCCUAUCAAAGUCAGGCUAUGUUGAUUGUGUUGGUCCUUCUUGCGCGGAAGUCUCUCUACGGUUUUGUGUCGACCUCAUUUCGAAUACAAUACAAUACAUGCUGAUUUAUACACUUGGUUCGAUGACAACACUCUAGACGUUUUAUUUUCGCUAGGUCGCUACCACUGCAGCGCACUGUCACUGUCAGACAACGCAGAGAAGCUCCACCCGCUCUACUUAUAUGGACACAGAACACUGUAACCUUCCACACAAAAUCGUUCCAAACAAGUACGGUAACAAUCGCAUCAGUGGCAUACUUCAGCAUUAACCUGUAUGAUACAGAGAGAGAGAAGAACAGAUAAGUUUGGUCUUGUCAGUGGAGCAAUCUGGCAACUUUUUAAAAGUAAACUCUCCAUUCAUAAACUCUUUAAGUAUCCGUUUUCGGUGUCUCGCGCUGCCAUUGCUGGCAAAACAGGCAUGGGCGUCGACUUCUGCAGCGUGCUUGUUGUUUUGUUAUAGAGCAACGUAACAUCCGCUUGUGACGUGUGCCGCGUUAAUCUCGCAAGAAAAAAUGUAAUCCUGUUAAAAUUCAUUUCAAUUAAUGCCAAUAAAAACGCGCUAAACUGACAGCUCUAGUCUACCCCCAAAAAAACAAAGGCAAACCAAUGUUGAAAAAUAAAAAUCUAAAUGCAACAACAUAGUAAGCGGUGUGAAUCACAAAUUUGAAAAGUAAAGCAGCAAAGAUCAUGAAACUCAAUAUUUCUGUGACUGCCAAAAAGCUUUGAGCACGACUGUAGAAGGUGACACCUUCACAUUUCAAACUGCAAGCUUUUCAAACAAACCCGAAUGUAGCAUUUCAUGUCGGUUGCAGUCCGGCUUCUCGUUAUUUGAUAAUGUGUUGUUUCUUUUUACACCUGAUGAUAUUUCUCCCCGUCUGCCCGUGUCCACUUAUCUCUCGCUUUUCCACACAUGAUCUUAUUUCUCAUUCUAAUGUCCAAAUACAAUGCAACAGUUUGGGAUUCACAUUUUCCCCGUUUAGCGUGUACCCAAAAAAAGAGAACUGAACAGCUGGAUCACAUAAAUGUUUGUGAUCUUUGUUUGUAAAGUAACUAGUUGCAUAACAGUCAUGCAAAGGAUCUUGCAAACAGUUGGACGUUUGUUACAACAUGAUUGUCUAGAAAUGUUGUCCCUGUGUGAUGAUGAUCCCGAAGCACAUGUGCUGGCUGUUGUUUUCCCAUGGCCACUUUAUCCAAGCAUAGUUUCUUGGUAUUAUGUGAAGAGAUUACUUGAGAGAUGUCGUAGUUGUAGUUUUGUUGUUCGUGUGAUUUGUUUUUGGGGGGUUUGGUUUUUUUUUAAUUAAUAUAUUUUUUUGUGUGUUUGCCAUUCUCUUCAGAGACGUUGCUGAUACUGAUUAAUGACACACAUUUUUAUUAUUAUCCACGAGUUGAAUGCUACUGACUGCCUAACUUUAUAUUUAACCUCUGUAAAUUUUGCAGCUGCCACUUUAGGUUCAUAAAAGAGGACGUAAUUCUUAUCCCCCCAGCCCUCCUUGAAGAGUUGAUUGUAGAGAUGAACAUUGUCUGUUCUUUGUAACUGUGACCAUUAUUUAAAUUCACUGAGUGCUGUCUGAAGAUUUUGUGUCACACAGAGUGACUGUCUGCCACAUUUUGAAAUUUGUGCCAUUUGAUUUUUUCCUUGUCUGACUAAAAACUCAAUCUCUUAUCCUUAGGACCAAAUGUUCUCUUAUUUCAUUUGAGGAUUUACCAUGCCAAUCAGUGCUUGCACACAAAAGAAAGAGAUAAUCAUUAUCAGCAGUCCAUGCAGUCUCUUGAAGGGGUUGGGCUGUUUUUUCCCUUAAAAAAACGACAACAAAAAACAAAAAUUACAAUGUUGUGCAUCCAACAGGCUAGCCUUUGUCAAUGGACCUAUUAACUCUAGUUGCACAUUAGCAAAUAUUUUUUCAACUGUUUCGCCACUAGUUCAUCACAUUCUCUGAAUAAUAUACUGUUUUGUAUGGCCGAUACUGAUACCUUCCAUCCAUCAUAAAACAUGACUGUCGUGGACGUGCUGUCGAGCCUAUUCCGGGUGUCUUUGUUCGAUUGUGGGGUACACCAUAAAAACAGAUGCGCCAUUCUGCACGUUGCCUCUGCCGACUGACACACCCGACACCAAUCCACAAAGGAGCCGCUGGUCGGCGAUCUCCUCCGGGAUGUUGAAAGUGCGCUGAAACUUGGCUGGCCCGCUUUUGUUUACGUUGCCUUCCGCCACCCACGACGCUUGUUUGACCCAACAACAAUUUACGGAGUAUCUGCCGGUCGCAUGUGAUGUCGUUCAUGUUUGAAACUGUGGUGAAAAGUCUCUGGGAGUCAUCAGUUCUUGCUGUAAAGCAAUGUUGAUGAAGUCCAUGCGAUUAUAGUAGCCAACAACAAAGGUAAAAAUGCAAUUAAAGAGGAAAAGGCAUCGGUGUUCAUCAUUCUCCAGCUGCGGCAGCCUCAGAAGCUGGCCGCCAUUGAGGCAAUGCCACUACUGUUGGGCAGUGUCCUCCGAGGAGAGCCUCGGUUACGGCUCUCAUUCGAGUGAACGUGAACGUGCACUUGUGAUUUUUUUUUUUUGUUAAAAUAUGAGUAAUAAUAAUAAAUAUUGUAUUUAGACUUGAUGAGACUUCGUCUAGUUCAGUGGUUCUUAACCCUGUUUGAGGAACUGAACCCAACGCGUUUGUUUAUAUGCACAUUCACUGAACCCGUCAUUUGUGAAAAACAAAAAUAUGACUUUUUACAAAUUCAAGACAUAAAAAAAUGCAUUUAUUAAAAACAGUGAAUAAAAUUUCAAGACUAAAACUAAAUUUUACAACGUGCUACCAUGACAGUCACACGUUGACUACUGAGCGAACAAUUUCCCGCAGCACUGAUUGCACAAGCAAUGUAAUGUGAUCAUCUGUAGCUAGUGAUGGCCAAGCGGGCAUGUCAUAACUAAUUUACAUGUUGAGUUGCGUGUGUCUUAACCUUCAUGGCAGAGACUCCGUCGAACUCCUGAGACCGAUUCACCGAUCCCCUAGGGUUCAAUAGAACCCAGGUUAAGAACCACUAGUCGAGUUGUACGUUAGUUUAUUUGAUGCGACUUUCAACAUCGGCUUCAAUAUCGUCCUUAAUUUGCAGUAUAGGACUGAUAAAAAACGUCAUUACCCAUCCGAUACUGAUAAUUAUCGUGCAUCCCUAAUAUACAUGAAAAUGCUGCUGUUUGCUGAAAAGUGCCCCAGCUGUUUUUUUUUUUUUGUUUUUUUGUUUUGUGAACUAACAUGUGCAAUAAAUGGAGAGGUGUUGUUUUAAAGUUAAAUUUCUGUUUCUGGAAUGCUGAUCAGUUACAGAUGUAUUUUUAAAAAAAGAAUGUAUCACUUAUUUGGGAGACAAAUAGAACCAUUUGAUCUGUGACACAAGGGGUUGGUUCCGUUCUGCUCCUUUGUGUUCAUCUCUGAAAUUGCAUGUUUAUGCUAUGUAAAGUUGAGAGCACUUCAUGUUCCGUUGCCGAUGUGUUCUGUCAAGUGUAAUGUGUUGAUCUUACAGCCUGGUUUUGGAUCUGUUUCGCUGGAGCAUGACCUUUCUUUCACGUAUAUUCAGCCCUUUUAUGUGCAAUGCUUUGACAAUAUCUUGAUGAUAUGCAAGGUAGGCCUUUACAGUGUGCACUUGGUGUUGUAUACCAGUUUUCUACCAGUCGAUGCUUUAUUUAAAAGUUGUCUUCAUAAUGGCAUAUAUAGAUAUAUAUAGAUACAUAUUGUUGAAUUUUAUAUCAUGGGUUACUGUUUGAUGGCAUCUUUCUUGUUAAAUGUGAAUAGAACCGUUUCAGUUGGGAGUAUGUCAGGUUCGUCUUCAUUCUGUGACUGUCUGCAGUAUGUGUAUAGUUAAUAAUAAUAUAUGCAGUAUAUACAGUACAUUGUAUGUUGCAUAUUGUUUAUACUGUAGGUUAUUUGAUUACAACCCACUUUCUGACAAACUUAUUUUUGUGUCUUUGAUACUGUACCUAGUUUUGAGAAACUGUUUAAAACAUCCCGGUUAGUGAUAUAAACUGCACAUUAGGGAGAAACUGAUGUUGUGGUGUGUCUGGAGUUUGUUUUACAGCUUGCUCUUAAAAACUGACAAUACCACUCUGUAUUUUAAGGUUUGUGGUUGUACUGAUUCUGAAUUUGCUAAUGUUCUGGCUCUGCAGUCCUGUUAUUAAAAAGGGUGUUUUUGUAAAUGCAUAACAUGCAAAUAAAAAGAAACCUAACAAA